AUGAGGAAAAAGCAACUGAUUAAUAAUCAGUCCUUGCAGAGCUGCGAUAACGAUCAGUGUCUCCAACAAGCAGCAUCACGCAUCAUUGAAAAGAUGGAGGACAUCGAAUCAACAUCGCCUCUUCAUUUAAGGAAAAAGAAGUUAAUUUUCACGCCGGAGACUCAUGACAACAAAAAUUCUUUGAGCGAAGUAGCCAAAAUAUCUGAGACCAGAUCUAAAAUUCUGCAGACCAAGAACGUUAAAAAGAAGUCAUACGAACAAAUGAUAUGCGAGGCCAUCUUGGAGAAUGAUACCAAUCGUAAAGGCGUCUCCUUUCUGACGAUAAAAAAGUUCAUCAAGGGCAAGUAUUUGAUCGAAGGUGAGAUAAAUCUGUACGUGAAACGGGCCUACGAGAAACUCAUAGUAAAAGAAAGCAUCGAGCAUGUAACCGGGUCGGGAACGCAAGGAAGCAUCCGAUUCACCAAAACGCAUUGGGAGCAGACGAAGCGCCCAGAAAAGAAGGGACGCGCGACAAAGGUAACCAAGGCGAAGACAGAAAAGAAUAAACCAUCAAAGGACAAGAAUAAUAAUCGCAAGAAGGGAAAAGAAGAAGCUAAACCAAUGGUUAAAGUGCAGGCAAAGAAAACGGCUCUAACUAGAGCGAAGCUAGAUAAGACAAGCAGUAAGGUUCGACUCUCGAUAACUACCCCUGUUCCGCCCAAACCCACAAAGGGAGGACUCAAAGGCAAAACCAGGAUGCAGCAACCGGAGGUAAUUUCUACGCCUAUGACCAAACCACAACCGAAACUGGCUAAGAAAGCUGAAAAGCAACCGAGAAAGCCGAGAGCGAAGGAAGCUUAA